CUACAAAUGGAAUGCUCUUUCAUUGUUAAUAUCUCCUUCACCAAACUCAUGGAUUCCCCUUCUUCAUCUCUCUGGUUUCUUCUUCUCUUCUUUAUAAUUUCUCUCAACGCAGUUUUGACUGCAGAAGCAUUCACAGGGACAUAUGGAGUAAACUAUGGCAGAGUAGCAGACAAUCUACCUCCCCCAGAAAGUGUGGUGACACUUCUGAAAGCUGCAAAGAUAAAAAACAUAAGAAUCUAUGACACUAAUCCUGAAGUCCUCAAAGCCUUCAGCAAAUCUGGUAUUGAGAUAGUGGUUUGCGUUCCCAAUGAAAUUCUGAAAGAUCUCAGUUUAGGGGAGGAUCGUGCCAUGAAUUGGAUAAAAGAUAAUGUGCAGCCAUACCUCCCUGGAACUUCCAUUCGUGGAAUUUCAAUUGGGAAUGAGGUGUUGGGGACUCUUGGUGUGGAUUUCUGGGAGGUUUUGCUGCCUGCAGCAAAGAAUGUGUACAGUGCCCUUGAUAGGCUGGAUUUGACACGUGUUGUGCAGGUCCAAAGCCCUCACUCAGAGGCUGUGUUUGCCAAUUCAUUCCCUCCAUCUUCUUGUAAUUUCAGGGAUGAUGUUCUUCCAUUCAUGAAGCCACUUCUGCAGUUCUUUUCGGAGAUUGGUUCUCCAUUUUUCAUAAAUGCAUAUCCAUUCCUGGCAUACAAGAGUGAUCCUGAGCACAUUAACCUGAGAUAUGCCCUGUUCCAAUCAAAUCCUGGGAUUUAUGAUACAAAGACUAAAUUGCACUACGACAACAUGUUUGAUGCACAGGUUGAUGCGGCUUACGCUGCUCUGGAAAAGGCUGGUUUUAGCAAGAUGGAGGUGAUAGUUUCUGAAACUGGCUGGGCUUCUAAGGGAGAUGACAAUGAGGCUGGUGCCAACUUGAAGAAUGCAAGGACUUAUAAUUAUAAUCUGAAAAAAAAGCUGGCCAAAAAGAAGGGGACUCCCUUUAGGCCAAAGAUUCCCGUGAAGGCUUAUGUUUUUGCAUUAUUCAAUGAGAAUUUGAAGUUUGGGCCAACCUCCGAGAGGAACUUCGGAUUGUUUAAAGCUGAUGGAAGCAUUUCAUAUGAUAUUGGAUUCACUGGCCUUGUGCCUUCUUCAGCAUUCUCAUCUCUUCUCUCUUUCAAGGAGAUUGGAUCAUCAUACUUAUUGGUGUUAACAAGCUGUGCCGCAGCUCUGCUACUGAAUUUGUAAAAUCAUUAUUAGUCAAAAAGGAUGGAAGGUGUAUUCCUUUUGAUGCUGAAGCAGCUGAGGGAAGUUGAUGUUGUUGAAUUCAUUCAAAUUGUUGUAACAAUGUUGUUUGUAUAUGUAGCCAAAUUCAUUCUUUUCUUGUAUUG